AUGAGUGUUUUUCCUGAUAAAUACUUGGGAGUAAUUCUUGUAGCUGGCAGAGUGAAAACUUCAACAGUUUGGCCAAUGGUGGAAAUGAUGCAAAGAAAAUUAGCAACCUGGAAAGGAAAAUUGCUCUCAUUUCAAGAAAGGUUAGUUCUUAUUAAAGCAGUCCUUUGUAGCAUACAAGUCUAUAACAUGGCAAUAUAUAAAUGGCCCUCAUCAGUUAUCAAAGCUUGUGAGAAAAUUAUUAGAAACUUCCUUUGGUCUGGGGAUAGUGAAAUAAGAAAAUACAAAGUGAUGUCUUGGAGGAAAGUAUGCACUCCUUAUUCUGAAGGGGGUUUAGGAAUUCAGAGACUUGAAGUAAUCAACAAAGCCUUUUUGAUGAAGAUGAUGUGGAAAAUUGAGAAUUCUCAAGAAGAUUGGGCCUUGUUUUUCAAAGCAAAAUAUAAAGAUAAAAAUAACCAAUGGAGUAAUCAAUGGAAAAUGUCUUCAGUAUGGAGUGGUUUGAAGUGGGCUUGGAAAUCUUUACAAGAAGAUUUAAUAUGGAGUGUUGGAGAUAGGAAAUCAAUAUCACUUUGGUUUGAUGUUUGGAUAGAAGAAGUACAAAGUGCAAUAUCUGAAUUAAGCUUACCUGAAAUUGGAGCAACAGUUGUUAAUAAACUCAGGCUAAAGGAGAAGAAAGUUCAUUGGUCUAAGCAUAUUUGGAAUUCAUUCUUACAUCCAAGUGUUGCCAGUAAUAUAUGGAAGUUAAUCCAGGGUCUUUACAUUGAUGAUAAAACAAUGGUUAAGAAUGGCUAUGAUAUGGUGUCCAGGUGUUGUAUUUGUGAAGAUGUUGAAGAUAGCAUGAACCAUUUGUUGUGGGAGUGCAAAUUCAGUUUACAGAUAUGGAAUUGGUUGUGCUUCAUCUUCAAAUUCACCUUGCCCAAAUCUUUUGAUGAUGUUUGGAAAUGUGCACAGUCUAAAAGCCCCUUGAUUCAAAAGAAUAAGAAACUCUUUGAAGGUGCAAAGCCUGAUGUUGCAAGGUUUAAAUGCAAGAUUAUGGAUACUUUUUAUGAAAACAACAUCAGAAUUAAGGGUAGUAAAUAUAAUCGAGAGUAUGACAAUCAUAUAAUAGCAGUUUUUAGGCUGGGUACAAAAUUCUCCAAGUUGCAGAAAGUCACAGCUUGUCAGUGGGUUUCUCCAGAUAAUGGCUUUACUAUGUUUUGCUGUGAUGGAUCACCUUUUGGCAAUCCAGGUGCAGCUACUUUUGGUGUAGUUGUCAGAGAUCACUUAAGUAUGGUACUAGGAGCAAUCACUGGUGGACUGGGGACUACAACUAAUUACAUUGCUGAAGUUUAUGCAGUGAUUCAUGUUGUUGAAUUAGCAGGUAUAUGGGAACUGCAGAAGAUAAUCAUCAAAUCAGAUUCUGAAACAGUUUUCAAUCAAUUUGCAAAGAAUCAAUUUCAUGAUUGUGCUGCCAAAAGAGGUGCAAAGUUAAAGGCUGGGGAAAGGCAGAUCUUUAUAGGAAGGCCUGAGUGGUUGAAAAGUAUAGAAAUUCCUGGAAUGACAUACUACAGGUUCAGUUGA